AUGGCGACCGACACCCCACCACACCUGCCCACUGAGCUGUGGCAGAUGGUUGUGCCGUAUCUCGGUGAGCACGACCUCCGCAGCUUACGGGCGGUGAACCGGCUCUUUGCCUCCAUCGUCCGCCCUCUUCUGUACCGCUACUGCAACUUCUCGAGGCUCGGCUACCACUUCCCUGGCGCAGCCCAGCCCUACCCCUUCCUCGAGCUGCCGGAACUUCAGCAAGCACCACUCAGCAAGAAGCAGCGUGCCUCCAUCUUCCGUGACAUAAGGGUAGUGAAAUUCCGGAAACACGACGUGGGCGACUGCACAACCUUCCGCUUUCUGCAGGGGUACCGUGUCUUCCGGCCUGACGAGGAGACAUCCCUCGACGUGCUCUGGGUCGAGCUAUUCAGCUGCCCCACGCACGCCCAGUCCUCGGGCGAGAUGUACUCGACCUUCGUCCACGAGGGCGACGAGGGGCACCGCAACCCAACCCCCGACUAUGACGAGGACGGCGCCGACGAGUUCGCGACCUGCCGCCACCGGUGCUUCUACAUCGACUUCUCCUCUCUCUGGUGCGCGCGCCCGCGCAAGCUCGUGUUCCGCAACGCGCCCGUGCUGUGGUUCGACGGGCCGGACUCGCCCCUCCUCUUCCCAAACGACAUCGUGACGGACGAGUGCGUCCUCGUCGUCAACUCGGCAGCCCUGGACGCCGAAUACAUCAGGUCCGAGCGUCCCUGGGAGGAACCCCUGACAGGCUUCUGUUCCGAUGGCAGGGUGAGCUGGGGCUUCCAGCCCGGACCGCCGUGGCGCUGCGAACGCCUCACGAUUGUCUUCUGGACGGGCUCGCCGGACGAACCCUGGUUCCCGCCCUGCACGCACUAUGCGGACGAGGAUCCCUGGGAGCUCGAGGAGCCCGGGGACUGCACGGCACUCGCCAGGAUGUGGUUUGGCCUGGGCUCUGCCGUCCGCGCCCUGAAGAUGCGCACGAGCCCGAAGGACGGGCUCAAACGCAUCACCGUCGUGAAUGCGGACGCGGUACGCCGGGGCCGCGGAGUCGAGGGCGAGACGCAGGAGUACUACGAGAACGACAUCUCUGCCCGCUUCGAGGCUGCGUUCAAGGCGAGGGGAUUCCCGGAGUGCGAGCCGCCCGAACUGGAGUGUGUCACUUUCGACGCGUGGCUUGCGGGCGGACACGCUGAGAACGUCUUCUCGCAUACGGAGAUUGCCCCGUUCCUCGCUGCUGGUGGCGAGGUUUGA